CUGACGGAAUGAUAUCGAAUCUCGCGAGACUACGGCACAGUAAACGGCCGUGUGAAGCUUGAUGUAGCUUAGCGGUAGCUUAGCAGUGAGAAAACAUAAGUAAGUGUGUAAACUAUGUCAAGUAACUCUAGGAUUUAGGUUACGCUUAUCACACGUAGACCUUGUUCUCUUUUUCUGUUCAGUUAUGUAUUAGAGAGCUCUUAGUUAGCAUUUAGCUAGAUUGCUAGGACAACAAACAUCUCAGGAGAAACCUAGCCAACGCGUUGCCGUAGCAACGGGAUCUGACAAGCUACAAGUUCUGCCUGCAUGUUUGUCCAUAGGAGCUGGAUUUACCUCAACAGGAAAGUACAGAAUGAGGUUCAAAACAUCUCUGCUGAAGGAGCCAAAACAUAAAGAACUGGUCAGUUGUGUGGGCUGGAUCACAGCUGAUGAAGUCUACUCCUGUAGCGAAGACCAUCAGAUUCUAAAAUGGAACCUGCACACGAACGAGACCAGUUUGGUGGUGAAGCUUCAGGAGGACAUCUAUCCCAUCGACCUGCACUGGUUUCCCAAGACUGUAGCUGGGAAGAAGCAAGCUUUGGCAGAGAUCUUCGCACUUACUAGUACAGACGGUAAGUUCCACGUGCUGUCUAAGACGGGGCGCAUCGAAAAGAGCGUGGAGGCGCAUCGAGGAGCCGUGCUGGCGAGUCGCUGGAACUACGACGGGACGGCUCUCAUCACAGCUGGUGAAGAUGGACAAAUCAAGAUCUGGUCUAAAAGUGGGAUGCUGAGGUCCACUUUGGCCCAACAAGGAUGUCCUGUGUACUCCGUGGCUUGGGGUCCAGACUCCGACAGGAUACUUUACACGUUUGGCCGGCAGCUCGUUAUCAAACCUCUGCAGCCGAGCUCCAAAUCUGUGCAGGUAACGUACCAAAGACGAGGAAAUGUUCAGAAGAAGCAUCACAAUAAACGAUCGAAUCGAACGUAUCUAAAGCCCUUGAGUUUCUGCUUGCUGAUAGACCGAAUGUUGUCGUCUGUGUGUUUGUGUGCAUUGCAGGAUCAGGCGCUGUGGGCAUGUCUGGCUGGUAUGGCCAUGGCUAACAGAGAGCUUAACACAGCUGAGACAGCUUACGCGUCCAUCAGAGAGGUGGAUAAAGUGCAAUAUAUAAAAUUUAUAAAGGAUUUGCCCUCUAAGGAAUCCUCCCUGGCUCAUAUACAACUCUUCAGUGGACAAGUACAAGAGGCCGAAGCUACAUUAUUACAAGCAGGCCUUGUAUACCAGGCCAUUCAGAUCCACAUUGACCUGUUCAACUGGGACAGAGCUCUGGAACUGGCAGUGAAGCACAAAACCCAUGUGGACACCGUCCUCGCACACAGACAGAAGUUCCUGCAAGACUUUGGCAAAGAAGAAACCAACAAGCGUUUCCUGCAGUACUCCGAAGGGGUGGAGGUGGAUUGGGAGAAGAUCCAGUCCAAGAUCGAGAUGGAGCUAGCCAAAGAGAGAGAAAGAGCAGCCAACUCUUCUGUGAGGAGCAGCUUGGCCUCUCAUCGCUGAAAAACAGACAUUACCCAGAAACCUCAGCAGGACGGUCGUUCUGAGACCUGAGAUCAGACUCCUCGAGUCGAAGUACUUUGGAUAAGUAACUUUUGGGUCAUUCGGUGUAAUGCACCGGUCAUCUGUUUCCUCUUGCGUGUCCGUCGUGUGAGUCCGUUAAUUCUUCUGUCAAGUAAAUCAUGUAAUCACGUAAGCAUUAAAGGGACGUGGUAGCCUGGUGGUUAAGAAUGCUGAUCGGAAGGUCGUGCGUUUGAAUCCCAGGUCCACCAAGGUGCCACUGCUGGGCCCCCGUUUCAAGGCCCUUAACCCUCAGUUGUAGAAAUAGAAAUAAAUUGUAUGUGACUCUGGAUAAGCGAGUCUGCUAAAUGUAAGCACUGAUCUCUUUAUAAGCUAAUUAUGUAUGCGCUCCUUUUUUUUUUUUUUUUUAGAUGAAACAAAAAGCCUUGCUUAAUGAUGUAUAAUAGCUGUAUAAUAAAUACACACCUCUGUUAAA